AACUGCUUGGCAUCACUUUUUUAUUUGUCAUCGAAUCGAUACAUCAGCAACAUUUGCAGACAACGCAUUUACAUUCGCAAUUCGUUUAAAUUUUUCUCAUCGAAAUAUUUCCGAAUAAAAUUGUUUAUUUGCCGCGAUUAAAAUGACAGACGAAAAUAUCGAUUUCGGAUUGCGUCGCUUGACAUUCAUUGAAGCAUGCGCAUAUUAUGUAUUGAUCAAGAAUAUUCGAGUGGAUCAAUUAACGAUGACACAAGAAUUGGCUGAUUUGAUAACCGCACGAUACAGAUCAAUGAAUUUGAGUUGGGCUAUUGAUCGCAUACGAUCUUACAACAAACUCUUGGAAGAUGGAAUGCAAGAGAAAAUGGAAAAUUUUGACGGCGAAAAAUUGUGCAAAUCGGUUGUUCUUCGCUACAAUUUCCAAUCGCUGGUUGCCAAAGAGGUGGAAUACAAACGGCAGUUGUUGGCAUCACCACAAAAUCUUGAAUCUAACACGGCACCAAAUGGAUGCAAACCAAAUGGAAACGGGGUGUGGUGUACAGCUUCACUGCAGCAAGCCUUGCCAUCUGCAACACCGCAUGACUUUUUAAUCGGAUUCACGGUGCAUAUUAAACCAGAUGUGCAUUUGGACGAAACGAUUCCGAUCUGUGCACGAGAUCAACACCUUUUGUAUAAUAUUUUCGGCGAUAAAUGGAAGUCACCGGUGAUUAUCAAUGCAUACGCUGCGGUCAAAGGUCAAACUGGAUUCAUGAACAAUUGGUUAUCGUCAAAUGCUGGCAACAAAUCGGUCGAGAAUACAAAAUCUCUGUAAUUGCAACCAACUAGUUCCGUUAUUGAGUUAAGCAUAUAUUUUUUUAAUCAUAAAAAACACAAACAACAGCUGGAAGUUGUGAGUGUGUACUCUACAUUUCCACAAGUAUGUGAACGCGAUAAAAUAGUCAGAAUAUGUUAUCAAUGAUACAUCAGUGGCUAUUGUAAACUGGGUUUUAGAGCAUAUUGCGUUUUUAUUUGAAUACGAGAUAAAUUCUUGAUGUUGAUGUAGCAUUUUUUUUAUAACGAUGAGAAAAACAUUCAUAUCGAAAUGUUGGUUUGAUGAAAAAAAAAAAGUUUCUCCGAGUGAGGCAAACGAUUUACUACUUUUAUGUUAACGAUAAAAAAUAUAUCAUUAUUCAAGCGUCACAAGACUUCUCUUUUAAACCGUAUAAUCAUUUACUUUAUUUCAUUUUAAUAAGAUUUUUAAUCGCAUGUACGAACGCCAAUAAAGCAACACAAAAUGUAAAAAGA